CCACGUCCUGAUUUUCCAUUUCAUACGCUCUUUUCUUUCUCUGAGAGAGAGAGAUUCAUCGGAGCAGUUCCUAACCCUAGAGAGAGGAGGCCAAAGCUAGAGAGAGGAAGAGCGUAGAGAGACUAAAUGAGGGAAAUCAUUAGCAUCCACAUAGGGCAGGCGGGGAUUCAAGUGGGGAAUUCGUGUUGGGAGCUUUACUGUCUCGAGCAUGGGAUUCAGCCUGAUGGGAUCAUGCCUAGUGAUAAUUCUAUUGGGGUUGCACACGAUGCUUUCAAUACCUUUUUCAGUGAGACAGGUGCUGGGAAGCACGUCCCACGUGCUAUAUUUGUAGAUCUUGAACCCACUGUUAUCGAUGAAGUGAGAACUGGGACUUACCGCCAGCUCUUUCACCCUGAGCAGCUCAUUUCCGGCAAAGAGGACGCAGCCAAUAAUUUUGCCAGGGGACAUUACACUGUGGGUAAGGAGAUUGUGGAUUUGUGCCUUGAUCGAGUGAGGAAAUUAGCAGAUAACUGCACUGGUUUGCAAGGGUUCUUGGUCUUCAAUGCUGUCGGUGGUGGUACUGGAUCUGGCUUGGGCUCUCUAUUGUUGGAAAGGCUUUCUGUCGAUUAUGGGAAAAAAUCUAAGCUCGGGUUCACUAUUUAUCCUUCUCCUCAGGUUUCAACGGCAGUUGUAGAGCCCUAUAACAGUGUUCUUUCCACGCAUUCCCUCUUGGAACACACAGAUGUUGCGGUCCUUUUGGACAAUGAGGCAAUUUAUGAUAUCUGCAGGCGAUCCCUUGACAUCGAGAGGCCCACCUACACAAACCUUAACCGGUUAAUAUCUCAGAUCAUAUCCUCCCUGACCACGUCUCUUAGGUUCGAUGGGGCAAUCAAUGUUGAUGUUACAGAGUUUCAGACCAAUCUUGUGCCUUAUCCCCGAAUCCAUUUCAUGCUUUCCUCAUACGCCCCAGUUAUUUCUGCUGAGAAGGCCUACCAUGAACAAUUGUCAGUUCCUGAGAUCACAAAUGCAGUAUUUGAACCCUCGAGCAUGAUGGCGAAAUGUGAUCCAAGGCAUGGUAAGUACAUGGCAUGCUGUUUGAUGUACCGUGGAGAUGUCGUCCCCAAGGAUGUUAAUGCUGCAGUUGCAACCAUCAAGACCAAGAGGACUGUUCAGUUUGUUGACUGGUGCCCUACUGGUUUCAAGUGUGGCAUAAAUUAUCAGCCCCCAACUGUCGUUCCUGGUGGUGAUCUCGCCAAGGUGCAGCGUGCAGUUUGCAUGAUCAGCAACAACACAGCAGUGGCCGAGGUGUUCUCUCGCAUCGACCACAAGUUCGAUCUCAUGUACUCAAAGAGGGCCUUUGUACACUGGUAUGUUGGCGAAGGAAUGGAGGAAGGUGAGUUCUCAGAAGCUCGUGAGGAUCUCGCGGCAUUAGAGAAGGAUUACGAGGAAGUCGGUGCUGAGGGUACUGAUGAUGUGGAUGAAGGUGAAGACUAUUGAUCGUCUUUCUGGCGGUUCCUCUCGCCCCUUUUGGCUUGGUUGUCACUUAUUUCUCUGCUCCAUGGUGAGGCUGAAUUAGUUGGUUACUCUGUUUGUGUUUUGUAGUGGUAAAGUUCCCUUUUUCUUCACUUUGUAUGUUGCUAUUGUUUGUUUGCCCAUUGCAUCUAUCUUAUGCCAUGCGUUUAAAAUUUAGCAGCUGCUUCGCCAUUAAAAAUUGUGAAACAAUUUAUUGCUUCUGCAGGAGCAUACUAUCCAUUUGCUCCCUCUGCCAAAACUCAAGCUCUGGAUAUUUACUAGAUCUCAAUUUUUGG